GGGCAGAGACGGUCCCGGCGCGGGGCGUAGCGCGCGGUGCCUCUCGCUCUCCCGCCGCAGCCGCCGCCUCCUCUCCCGGGGCUCCCGCACUAUGCAGGCGGACAGCCGGCCGCCGAGAUGGGGAGCCGGGCGGCGGUGAGAGCCGGGCGCAGCCCUCCCCGUCUCCGAGUCCGGGCCGCGGCCGCCGCCCCCGCCCGGGCCGCGCUCCCCUUCUCCCGCCCUCGCCCACCCCGCCCCAACUCCUCCUCCUCCUCCUUCCCCAUGCCUCUGUUCCUCCUGCUCUUACUUAUCCUGCUCCUGUUGCUCGAGGACGCCGGAGCCCAGCAAGGUGAUGGAUGUGGACAUACUGUACUAGGCCCUGAAAGUGGGACCCUCAUGUCCAUAAACUACCCACAGACCUAUCCCAACAGCACCGUUUGUGAAUGGGAGAUCCGUGUAAAGAUGGGAGAGAGAGUGCGCAUCAAAUUUGGUGACUUUGACAUUGAAGAUUCUGAUUCUUGUCAUUUUAAUUACUUGAGAAUUUAUAAUGGCAUUGGAGUUAGCAGAACUGAAAUAGGCAAAUACUGUGGUCUCGGGUUGCAGAUGAACCAUUCAAUUGAGUCAAAAAGCAAUGAAAUUACAGUGCUGUUCAUGAGUGGAAUCCAUGUUUCUGGACGAGGAUUUUUGGCCUCAUAUUCAGUUAUAGAUAAACAAGAUCUGAUUACUUGUUUAGACACUGCGUCCAGUUUUUUGGAACCUGAGUUCAGUAAGUACUGCCCAGCUGGUUGUUUGCUUCCUUUUGCUGAGAUCUCUGGAACAAUCCCUCAUGGAUACAGAGAUUCCUCACCAUUGUGCAUGGCUGGUGUGCACGCAGGAGUAGUGUCAAACAUUUUGGGUGGCCAAAUCAGUGUUGUAAUUAGUAAAGGUAUCCCGUAUUAUGAGAGUUCUUUGGCUAACAACGUCACAUCUGUGGUGGGACACUUAUCUACAAGUCUUUUUACAUUUAAGACAAGUGGCUGUUACGGCACACUGGGGAUGGAAUCCGGGGUGAUUGCCGAUCCACAGAUAACAGCAUCGUCUGUGCUGGAGUGGACUGACCACACAGGGCGGGAGAACAGCUGGAAACCUGAGAAAGCCAGGCUGAAGCAACCCGGACCUCCUUGGGCUGCUUUUGCCGCCGAUGAGUAUCAGUGGUUACAAAUAGAUCUGAAUAAAGAAAAGAAGAUAACAGGCAUCGUAACCACUGGCUCCACCAUGGUGGAACACAAUUACUAUGUGUCAGCCUACAGAAUUCUAUACAGCGAUGAUGGACAGGGAUGGACGGUGUAUAGAGAGCCUGGUGUGGAGCAGGAUAAGAUAUUUCAAGGAAACAAAGAUUAUCACCAGGAUGUGCGUAAUAACUUUUUGCCACCAAUUAUUGCACGUUUUAUUAGAGUGAAUCCUACCCAAUGGCAGCAGAAAAUUGCCAUGAAAAUUGAACUUCUUGGAUGUCAGUUUAUUCCUAAAGGUCGUCCUCCAAAACUUACUCAAACUCCACCUCCUCGAAACAGCAAUGACCUCAGAAACACCACAACCCCUCCAAAAAUAGCCAAAGGUCGAGCCCCCAAAUUUACUCAACCACUACAGCCUCGUAGUAGCAAUGAGUUUCCUGCACAGACGGAGCAAACAACUGCCACUCCUGAUAUCCGAAACACCACCGUGACUCCGAAUGUAACCAAAGAUGUCGCCUUGGCUGCGGUCCUGGUGCCGGUGCUCGUCAUGGUGCUCAGCACCCUUAUCCUCACGGUGGUGUGUGCCUGGCAUUGGAGGAGCAGAAAGAAAAAAACUGAAGGCACCUAUGACUUACCUUACUGGGAUCGGGCAGGUUGGUGGAAAGGAAUGAAGCAGUUUCUCCCUGCCAAAUCAGUGGAACAUGAAGAAACCCCAGUUCGCUACAGCAGCAGCGAAGUUAAUCAUUUGAGUCCAAGAGAAGUCACCACAGUGCUGCAGACGGACUCUGCAGAGUAUGCACAGCCACUGGUGGGAGGAAUUGUUGGCACCCUUCAUCAGAGAUCUACCUUUAAACCAGAAGAAGGAAAAGAAGCGAGUUAUGCUGACUUAGAUCCUUACAACUCCCCGGUGCAAGAAGUUUACCACGCCUACGCUGAACCACUGCCAAUUACUGGGCCCGAAUAUGCAACCCCCAUCAUCAUGGAUAUAUCUGGACACCCCACGGCUUCAGUGGGGCUGACCUCAACGUCUACUUUCAAAGCUACAGGGAACCAAGCUCCCCCAGUAGUAGGAGCAUAUAACACUCUCCUCUCCAGGACUGACAGCUGCUCCUCCGCCCGCGCCCAGUAUGACACCCCAAAAGGUGGGAAGCCAGGUCCAAGUGCCCCAGACGAACUGGUGUACCAGGUGCCACAGAGCACCCAGGAGGGAUCAGGAGCUGGGAGGGAUGGUGAAUGUGAUGUUUUUAAAGAAAUUCUUUGAAGGUGAUGCUGCUUUUCAUAAAGCAUCGUUUUAAAGCACAUGGCCUUUUUUGUGUGUUAGUGGUAGUAAUAUAUAGAAUGUAUUACGUAUCUGUCACAGAUGUGGUUGGGAAAAUGUGAUGACCGAGGUACAGGGAACUACUAAUCUUGCCAUCUUGCUUUAAAAGUGUUAUUGUGGCAGUUACUGCUUGCCUGUUAAAUUUCAAACAUCCUCUUUGUUACUACUGUAAAACACUAUUUUUAAUACAGAAAAAGCUCCCUACUAUGCACUUCAAAGAAAUUUAAGAAUCACUGAGAGUAUUUAUUACCAAUGCUGCAGGUACAUUGAUGAACUCAAGAGAUGGCUGUGUAAGCCGGACUGGCAAUAACGCACGGUACUGUUCUUGAAAUGUCUAAUGGCUUGAAAUUUUGCUUUGUGAAAGGUGGGUACUAUCAGGAUUUCUUUGUUCUAUUUCUAUAUACCUUACGGUUUUUUUGUGGUUUUUUUUCCAAAAAUUAGUGACAUGAUCAUUGUUUUGAUGGUAGUCGUACACUCCUCUUUCCUUUGAAGGAUCUAUAGGUGGGAAACUGACUUGUAAUGGGCAAGGUGAUUGAUUCUUCACCUUCUGACACCUCAAGAGCUUUAACAUUUCAUGGUACGUGAGCUGGUUUCAGCCCUGCUUGCUCUGUCUGGGGCCAGCCCUAUUCUCGUGUUUUAAAAUGUUUGAGUUAUUUUAGCGAGUGAUGCUUGUUUCAUCAACCUCAUGAAUCCUCUAAUUUUACACAGCUGUAACAGAUUCUCUCCCUCCCUCCAAAUUUAUCUGCAAAGGGCGAGUUGUGAAAACUUAAGAGCGUCUAAGUGAACACCGUAAACGUGACCCCCUUAUAUUUACCACACUGAAAGGCAAAAAUCCUUUCUCAGAAAGGAUUUACCUUAAAAAAACAAAAACAAUUUGCCCUCUUUGAUUUAAUAGACAGGGAUUUUUCUUUGAAUCCAAAGGUAUUUGGGAGUCAGUAUUUUUAAUGAUCCACAGUAAAAUAUUGAAAGAAACAUAAAGCCCACAUGGAUUCCUCAGCUGUGUGUGACUGUGCCCUCAUCUGUAUGGGGGAAGGUGUGAACAGUCCUUUCCAGCAUACCUAGGGAACACAGGCUCUGGCAUCCGAGCCAGCAAAUAUUACAGCUUGUUUGUGAAAUUUCCAGGCAAUUUCUUUGUCACCAUUUGCCCAGCAGUAGUUUUAGAUGGGUGAAAUGAAAAGCAUCUGUAAUUUACCAGCCUCUAGUGUAAGAACCUUUCAAAGUCUUUGGCAAAAGAAGCUGGCCCUCAGGUUAAAACCUAAUUUGGCAUCUCUGCUUCUAUAAAUCCCAGUGUGUAGACUUAAUCUUGACAUGUAAUUUCCCAUCAGGAUCUAGACCUUUCUUUUGGCUCGUGCCACCAGAUUGUUUCCAGAAUUUGCUAGAGUUGAGGACCAUGUUCAUUCUGCUUGCUUCCUGAGGUAGAUGAGUAUUCUAAAGCAUUGCUUCAAAAAUCCAACUACGCUGCAGCCUCUCUGCCCUCUGGUCUUAUGAUUUCUGUUGGUGUCAUUUGCUUUUCCAGACAACUUUGCAUAAUUUCAUUCAUUGAAAAAAACCAGUUCAUAUUGUUUCAAAUAUUUUGAAACAAAAAGCACAGAUGUUGAACUUUUUAUUAAGACACAAAUGUGUAAAGCACAUAUAUUACUGCAGUUAUCCCCUUUCAGGGGGGGAAAGAGUAAACCAAUUUAUUUUUUAUUCACCCAAUCAUAGGCCUGUUCUAGAAGCUUUAAGAGAAACUUUCAUCUUCCCAAAGAUGCUUGUUCUUUUUAUUUAAUGUCAUGUAAGGGAUUUUCCCACAGAACUUUUGAGAGGCAAAUGUUUUCUUAAAUGAUGCAUGUUUUUUUGCCACUGUGCUGUGCUUGAACUACCAGUGAUUUUUACAAAAGUUUUUACUGCUUUUAUAAAUAUAUUUUACUUUCCAAAUGAA